ACCAUUAACCCUAAUCACACAACCCAAAAUAAAGUUUAAAUUAAAGUUGCACUUGCACCACAAACAAGGCUUCUAAAAAUUCCUCUUUAAUCUAAUGACAAAUCCCCAUACUUAAUUUAUCCCAUGCAUCAAUCUGCAAAACAAAAGAGCCAAGAAUCACCUUUAUAUAUAUUUCCCACCUGAACUCAAUCUUCUUGUCAAUUCUGAUCUCUACCUGCAAAUAAACAUGAAAUACAAUGAAAUAUCUCACUUUAGCCACCCUCAACACAAGCUGGGAUUUGAGUACUCGGAGUUGCCGUUCAAGUGCGACGGGUGCAAGGAGGCCGGAAUUGGAUCCCGGUACAAGUGCGCCACCUGCGACUACGAUCUCCACAUGCAUUGCGCCAUCCCCACGCCGUCGAUCGCUCACCCUUUUUACACCAAAUGCUCCUUCCAGUUCCUUGCCCGCCCGCCGGGAAGCGUUCCCAGAUACUGCAACGCCUGCGAGAAGGACAUAACGGGCUUCCUUUACCAUUGCAAACUCUGCGGGUUCGACCUUCACCCCUGCUGCGCCAAGCUCCCCAUGCUGCUCGACGACGGAGAAGUCAAGCUUUACUUGUACCGGAAGGUGAGUUCGUCGUGCCACCGGUGCGGGAGGAAGGGUCGGAGCUGGAGCUACCGGUCGACGUGCAAGAAGUACAAUCUGCACGUUGCAUGUGUGAAGGAGAUGCUGGUGGAAAGUUGGCAUGAGAUUUACUUUGGCAGAUCAUCAAAUAGAAAAUUGGAGACAAGAAUUCCUAGCUUGAAGGGAACCUUGCAGACUUAUCAUAAUCAUAGCAGGAAGAGCAAAGGGAAGAAGAUGCAAAAAUGCUGUGAGAUGGCUGCUCUCGCGCUCCAGUUUGUUAUCUCUGCUCUUCUCGGGGAUCCCACUUCUCUUAUUGCUGGGGUGGUGGCCUCACUCAUGUCUAAAUAAUAUAAAUAAAUAAUACUCUCUCUCUCUCUCUCUCUCUCUCUUUCUCUCAUAUAUAUAUAUAUAUAUACAAGCUAGCUAAGUGCUACAGAUAGAUUCUGAUUCGCCGCCCGCCCGCCCACCGUCUUCGGUUAUGUAUGUCGUCGGUGAUUCUUUCUCAAUCUUGUAUUGUAUUAUUGCACUGUUUAUGUAUGUUAUGCUUUAAUCAA